UUGUCCAUCAACUGUAUGGGUUAACUGUAUGGGCUGCAGGACGAUGCUGCAGUUUUAUCUCUCAAGAAGACUGUAGGUGCUCUUUCGACCUCCAAGCUGGCGAAUCAGAGCUGCCCCAAGGUAAUUGAAUUCAUUUCUCGAAACAAGUAUCGGACUGAUCAUUGACAGAAGUUGAAGGUUACACACGACGUUCCCUCCCCCAAGGACUCGUACCUCAUGGACAAGCUUUACGCCAAGCUCUCCGAACAGCAUGCGCUUCUGCAGCAGAAGACUGAGGCGAAGUCGUCGGAUGAUGAAGCCCUAUUCAACCAAGGCAUAAACCACCACUCAUCGUCUAGCUCCUUGCCCCUGACCCCCGCAGCCGAGGGUGUCUCUGCACCGUCCGCCCCUACGACCAGAUCGGCCAGUGCCACAUCCAAUGACAGCCAGAUUAACAACGAGGAGAUCCUGCGGCUCAAGCUUGAGCUUGCAAAGGCCCAAAGCAAGAUCUCGCGAUUGGACCAGGAGUUGGCGCAGACUCGUCUCACCGGCCAGGACGGUGGGCGCGUCACCCCCUCCCUCAUAUCCGAAUCUGACUUCUCGUCGGCCAUGACUGCCCUAGCCUCUCCUCCCGCCUCCCGAAUCGUGACUGUCCCCGCCCUUCUUGGUGCUACCAAACCACCGCUCACCCGUGAGCACAGUUGGAUGAUCCAAGACGAUACCCGUUCAGACGCCAGCGAUUCUCUGUCGACUGGAGGUUUCAAUCGCGCCAGGGGUAUAUGGGGCAACAACAAGACCGUCCCAACCAGCCACUUUUCGCAGAGCCAAAUGAUGGGCGAUGGAGUUCAGCCUGUGCCCUGGGCCAAUAACCGGGCCAUCAAUCCCAAUUAUGAACCUGCCUUCGCCCCGCCGAGCGUCGACAUGUAUCGGCAGGACCGAAUGGCGCCUGACCAGGAUAUGAUGAGGCCGACAGGACGACGUGGAAACAGGUAUGACAGCAGGUUCGGCCCAUCGAACAACUUUGGUGGCGGUUUUGCCGGAUUCAACAUGGGCACUGGCCAGUAUGAGCCGACUUACGCCGCUGGUCUGCAAGGGACUGUAAGCGGCGGCAUGGGAUUGGGGCUGUACCCUCCUUACCAGCAGCAAGCCGUUGGGACCCCUCUAUCUCCGCAUGCCACCGAGUUUACUUCCACCGGAGCCCCAUGGAAGACCGAGUCUUUGGCUUCCGAGGCACAGACUUAUGUAUCUCCAACCACAGAGCCACUCAACUACCGUCGUCUACUUGACCGCAACGUCACUUGUGACUGGAAAUACAUUGUGGACAAGAUUGUGUGCAACAAUGAUCAGCAGGCAUCCAUCUUUCUUCAGCAGAAGCUCAAGGUUGGGACUCCCGAGCAAAAAUACGACAUCGUCGAGGCCAUCGUUGCGCAGGCCUAUCCGUUGAUGAUCAAUCGGUUCGGCAACUUCCUGGUCCAGCGCUGCUUCGAGCAUGGCACUCCCGAACAGGUCAUCAAGAUCGCUGAGGCUAUUCGUGGCAACACUCUCAACUUGUCGAUGGACCCCUUCGGUUGUCAUGUGAUACAGAAGGCGUUUGACUCCGUCCCUGAAGACUACAAAGCGAUCAUGGUUCACGAGCUUCUGCGGCGCAUUCCCGAGACGGUUAUUCACCGUUACGCUUGUCAUGUCUGGCAGAAGUUGUUUGAGCUGAGGUGGACCGAGUCGCCGCCCCAGAUCAUGAAGUACGUGAACGAGGCGCUGCGUGGCAUGUGGCACGAAGUCGCUCUGGGUGAGACGGGAAGCUUGGUUGUACAGAAUAUCUUUGAAAACUGUCUGGAAGAGGACAAGCGGCCGUGCAUUGAGGAAGUCCUGGCGAAUAUCGACAUCGUCGCCCAUGGCCAAUUCGGCAAUUGGUGUAUUCAGCAUAUCUGUGAGCAUGGUGCUCCGGCGGACCGUAGCCGCGCGAUCGACCAUGUUAUCCGCUACGCGGCCGAGUACAGCAUGGACCAGUUCGCCUCAAAGGUUGUUGAGAAGUGUUUGAAGAUCGGCGGCCCCGAGUUCCUGGGACGAUACCUCGAUCGUGUCUGUGAAGGCCGGGUUGACCGUCCCCGGAUUCCUCUAAUCGACAUUGCCAGCGACCAGUACGGAAAUUAUCUGAUCCAGUACAUACUGACUCAUGCCAACCCCCAGCAUCGAGAGAUCGUUGCCGCUCAUAUUCGCAAACACAUGGUGUCUCUGCGGGGGUCCAAGUUCGGCUCGCGAGUUGGCAUGCUCUGCACCAACCACGCCGUUGCAACUCGACCCGGCCCUGGGGUCGGACCGGCAAUGGGGGGUCGAAUGGGACCUGGAGGCCGCUUUGGCGGCGCCUAUCGCUAGGACUCGAUUCCAUGUUUCCGCAAAAGCAACACGCUUUCAGCUGGAGCUUAUGCAUCUUCUCUUGUCACCCUGCAAUGAUUUUUGCGAUCGAGUUCACCUAGACCAUAUGAGACUCGGUUUUACGAAACAUCUUCGUCAGCAGCUAA